UAUAGGAACUCCUAAAGGCAUAGAGCAUCUUGAAAUUUACUGCCUCCUCUACACUGCUGGGUCUCACAACACUUGUUAUGUUUUCAUCCGUUUCUCUCCAGAAGAGAACGGAAACCCAAGUACCUUCAGACAUCAGGCUGGUGGGAAUGAAGCAGGAAACCACUGCAGUGAACUGGAGAGCCAAGUCUUUUGUGAAGGUGCAGCCACUGCUCUAUUCCAGAUAAUUGUUGCAAGGCAGGAAUGUUGACCUAGUGUUACCACAAUAUCCAGUUUACCAGGCUACAUUAUUGGAAUUUUGAAGACAUGAAAACAUCAGAGGAGCCAACCUGCAACAUCUUGAAUUCAGUUUGGAAGAUGAAGAGAAAGUUUAAAGAAUGUGGCCUAUAAAGGCGGGUAGUACCUGGAAAUACUAAUCGACUCAUGUUGAAAACAAUGAGACCAGUUUCUAAGCAGUAGAGUUUAUUUAGUCCAACAUCAAUGUUGAACUAAAAACAUUACACUCCUCCCCUCCCCACUUCAGACAGGUACCAGCAUUGGUAAAUAUGAUUCUCCUUAAUCAGAAGCACUUAUUUUUACCCAUGUAGACCAUCGUUAGGAAUAAAAUUUUGGUUAUUUAAUGUAGUUUAUAAUGGGAAACUGAUUUUUUCCCACUAUGGCAGAUUUCAAGGACUUGGUUCUAAACUGAGCCGAAGCUUCCCAAUGCAUUUUGUACAGUCUGAGAAAAACUGUGCUGCAUUGGCCAUUUUUGAAGGCCACCAUGCUCUGUAAUAUAAGGAUAUCAUCUUAUUGCUGAUAUCUUUGGAGAGUCCCAAGCAGACACAGAAAAUGAAUGGAGGCAAGGAGUGUGACGGAGGGGACAAAGAUGGAGGUCUUCCAGCUAUACAAGUUCCUGUGGGUUGGCAGCGACGCGUGGAUCAAAAUGGAGUGCUUUAUGUCAGUCCCAGUGGGUCUUUGUUAUCUUGCUUGGAGCAGGUUAAAACAUACCUGCUUACUGAUGGAACAUGCAAGUGUGGCUUGGAAUGUCCUCUUAUUCUUCCCAAGGUGUUUAACUUUGACCCUGGAGCUGCUGUGAAACAGAGAACUGCAGAAGAUGUUAAAGCAGAUGAAGAUGUCACAAAGCUAUGCAUACAUAAAAGAAAAAUCAUUGCAGUGGCCACACUUCAUAAAAGCAUGGAAGCUCCACAUCCUUCUCUGGUGCUCACCAGUCCUGGAGGAGGAACAAAUGCAACUCCAGUGGUACCUUCCCGGGCAGCAACUCCAAGAUCCAUAAGAAAUAAGUCUCAUGAAGGAAUUACAAAUUCUGUAAUGCCUGAAUGUAAGAAUCCUUUCAAGUUAAUGAUGGGAUCAUCAAACGCCAUGGGAAGGCUAUAUGUACAAGAAUUGCCCGGAAGCCAGCAACAAGAACUCCACCCUGUCUACCCCCGGCAGAGAUUGGGCAGCAGUGAACAUGGGCAGAAAUCUCCAUUUCGUGGCAACCAUGGAGGCCUGCCUAGCCCAGCGUCAUCAGGUUCCCAGAUAUAUGGAGAUGGCUCAAUCUCUCCAAGGACUGACCCACUUGGAAGCCCUGAUGUUUUCACAAGAAACAAUCCUGGUUUUCAUGGAGCACCCAACUCUAGUCCUAUUCACCUAAAUAGGACUCCUCUUUCUCCACCUUCAGUAAUGCUUCAUGGUUCUCCUGUACAGUCAUCCUGUGCAAUGGCUGGAAGGACUAAUAUACCUCUUUCCCCAACAUUGACUACAAAGAGUCCAGUAAUGAAAAAACCAUUGUGUAAUUUUUCAACUAAUAUGGAAAUACCACGAGCAAUGUUCCACCACAAACCACCCCAAGGCCCACCACCCCCUCCUCCACCUUCUUGUGCUCUUCAGAAAAAGCCAUUAACAUCUGAGAAAGAUCCACUUGGCAUUCUUGACCCUAUUCCUAGUAAACCGGUGAAUCAGAACCCUGUUAUCAUUAAUCCAACUAGUUUCCAUUCAAAUGUCCACUCUCAGGUACCUGUGAUGAAUGUAAGCAUGCCUCCUGCUGUUGUUCCUUUGCCAAGUAAUCUCCCUUUGCCAACUGUAAAACCUGGUCACAUGAAUCACGGGAGUCAUGUACAAAGAGUUCAGCAUUCAGCUUCAACCUCCCUGUCCCCUUCUCCAGUGACAUCCCCAGUGCACAUGAUGGGGACUGGAAUUGGAAGGAUUGAGGCAUCGCCCCAAAGAUCACGCUCAUCUUCCACAUCAUCAGAUCACGGAAAUUUCAUGAUGCCACCUCUAGGACCCCAGGCCACUUGUAGUGGUAUUAAGGUUCCACCCAGGUCACCAAGGUCAACAAUAGGGUCCCCAAGGCCAUCAAUGCCAUCAAGCCCUUCUACCAAGUCCGAUGGACAUCAUCAGUACAAGGAUAUCCCUAACCCAUUAAUUGCUGGAAUGAGUAAUGUACUAAAUACCCCAAGCAGUGCAGCUUUUCCAACUGCAUCUGCCGGAAGUGGUUCUGUAAAGAGUCAGCCUGGUUUGCUGGGAAUGCCUUUAAAUCAGAUCUUGAACCAGCACAAUGCUGCCUCCUUUCCAGCAAGUAGUUUACUCUCAGCAGCAGCCAAAGCACAGCUAGCAAAUCAAACCAAACUUGCUGGUAACAACAGUAGCAGCAGUAGCAAUUCUGGAGCUGUUGCUGGCAGUGGCAACACUGAAGGACAUAGCACUUUAAACACCAUGUUCCCUCCUACUGCCAACAUGCUUCUCCCAACAGGUGAAGGGCAAAGUGGUCGAGCAGCACUAAGAGAUAAGCUGAUGUCUCAGCAAAAAGACUCAUUGCGGAAAAGGAAACAGCCUCCUACCACAGUGUUGAGUUUGCUCAGACAGUCUCAAAUGGAUAGUUCUGCAGUUCCUAAACCUGGACCCGACUUGCUAAGGAAGCAGGGUCAGGGCUCAUUUCCCAUCAGUUCAAUGUCUCAGUUACUACAGUCUAUGAGUUGUCAAAGCUCUCACUUGAGUAGCAAUAGUACCCCGGGUUGUGGGGGUUCAAAUACUGCUUUGCCUUGCUCUGCUAACCAGCUGCAUUUUACAGAUCCCAAUAUGAACUCCAGUGUUCUACAGAAUUCACUGACACAGAAUAUACCUUUAAGAGGGGAAGCCCUGCACUGCCACAAUGCAAACACUAACUUUGUUCACAGUAACAGUCCAGUCCCAAACCACCAUCUUGCAGGUUUAAUAAAUCAGAUUCAGGCUAGCGGGAACUGUGGGAUGCUCAGUCAGUCGGGCAUGGCUUUAGGAAAUUCAUUACAUCCCAAUCCACCUCAGUCAAGAAUAUCAACGUCCUCCACUCCAGUGAUACCAAACAGCAUUGUUAGCAGCUAUAAUCAAACAAGUUCUGAAGCAGGCGGCUCGGGACCAUCAUCCUCCAUAGCCAUAGCCGGCACCAACCACCCUGCCAUCACAAAGACAACGUCUGUCCUUCAAGAUGGUGUCAUAGUCGCCACCGCAGCUGGAAACCCACUGCAGAGUCAGCUGCCCAUUGGGAGUGAUUUUCCUUUUGUUGGCCAGGAGCACGCACUUCAUUUUCCAUCCAACAGCACUUCAAACAACCAUCUUCCACACCCCUUGAACCCCAGCCUCCUCAGUUCUCUACCUAUCUCUUUGCCAGUGAAUCAACAGCAUCUCCUAAACCAGAAUCUAUUAAAUAUCCUCCAGCCUUCAGCAGGAGAAGGCAAGUCUGAGAUCAACCUCCACCCUUUAGGUUUUCUCAACCCGAAUGUAAACGCUGCUUUAGCUUUUCUCUCCAGUGACAUGGAUGGGCAGGUAUUGCAACCUGUUCACCUUCAGCUCUUAGCAGCCCUGCUUCAGAACCAAGCCCAAGCAGCUGCCAUGCUUCCCCUGCCAUCUUUCAAUCUGACCAUCUCAGAUCUUUUGCAACAGCAAAAUACCCCUUUACCCUCAUUAACACAGAGGACAGCCCCACCAGACCAUUUGCCAAGCAAUCAGUCAGAGAACAGUCAAGCUGAGACCCUUUUAACCAACCCCCUGGGGAACCCUAUACCAAGCUUUGCAGGCAGUGACACUACUUUUAACCCCCUGUUCCUCCCAGCUGUCACUGGGGCCUCAGGAUUAAUGGCCUUGAAUCCCCAGCUGUUGGGAGGUGUCCUGAACUCGGCAUCGGCCAACACCGCUAAUCAUCCAGAGGUUUCCAUAGCAACUUCCUCCCAGGCAACCACUACCACAACCACUACAUCAUCAGCAGUGGCAGCACUGACUGUCUCAACACUUGGUGGGACAGCAGUGGUGUCAAUGGCAGAAACAUUGCUGAAUAUAUCUAAUAAUGCUGGGAAUACACCUGGUCCAGCUAAACUCAACAGUAACUCUGUGGUGCCACAGCUACUUAACCCUCUACUGGGGACAGGUCUGCUUGGUGACAUGUCCUCAAUAAACAAUACUUUGAAUAACCAUCAACUGACACAUCUACAGUCGCUGUUAAACAACAAUCAGAUGUUUCCUCCAAAUCAGCAACAACAGCAACUUCUUCAGGGGUACCAGAAUCUACAGACAUUUCAAGGACAGUCCACAAUUCCUUGCCCAGCUAACAAUAACCCCAUGGCUUGUCUGUUUCAGAACUUUCAGGUGAGAAUGCAGGAGGAUGCAGCUCUCCUAAACAAAAGAAUAAGCACUCAACCAGGGCUCACAGCACUUCCUGAGAAUCCAAACACUACACUUCCACCUUUCCAGGAGGCAUCUUGUGAGUUGCAACCUAGGAUUGACCCAUCCCUUGGCCAGCAGGUGAAGGAUGGCCUCAUUAUGAGUGGCCAAGGUGAUGCUUCUGUAGAUGCCAUUUACAAAGCAGUCAUUGAUGCAGCCAGCAAAGGAAUGCAGGUGGUCAUUACCACUGCAGUCAACAGUACAACUCAGAUCAGCCCCAUUCCAGCUCUGAGUGCCAUGAGUGCCUUCACUGCCUCGAUUGGCGACCCAUUAAGUCUCCCCAGUGCUGUCAGUGCGGUCAUUCAUGGACGAAACAUGGGCAUCGUCGAUCAUGAUAGUAGGCUGAGAAAUGCGAGAGGGGCACGGCUGCCCAGGAGCCUGGACCAUGGGAAAAACUCCAGCGAAGGAGAUGGGUUUGAAUAUUUCAAGUCAGCAAGUUGUCACACAUCCAAAAAACAGUGGGAUGGGGAACAAAGCCCUGGAGGCGAGCGAAACAGGUGGAAGUGUGAGGAAUUUUUAGACCAUCCAGGCCAUAUCCACAGUAGUCCUUGUAAUGAAAGGCCCAACAAUGUCUCUACACUGCCAUUUCUGCCUGGGGAACAGCACCCAAUACUGUUACCGCCAAGGAACUGUCAAGGGGAUAAAAUUCUGGAGGAAAAUUUCAGGUAUAAUAAUUACAAAAGAACUAUGAUGAGUUUUAAGGAGAGACUAGAGAACACUGUGGAACGAUGUGCACAUAUUAAUGGUAACAGAACUCUACAGAGUCGGGGAUUUGGAGAACUGUUGAGCACCACAAAGCAAGAUCUAGUCCUAGAGGAGCAGUCCCCAAGUUCCUCAAACAGUUUGGAAAGUUCUCUGGUCAAAGACUACAUCCAUUACAAUGGAGACUUUAAUGCCAAAAGCAUUAAUGGGUGUGUGCCUAGCCCUUCAGACGCUAAAAGUAUUAGUAGUGAAGAUGACCUAAGGAAUCCAGACUCCCCCUCUUCAAAUGAGUUGAUACAUUAUAGGCCAAGGACGUUCAAUGUUGGCGACUUGGUCUGGGGCCAAAUCAAAGGACUGACAUCCUGGCCUGGAAAAUUAGUAAGAGAAGACGACGUUCACAAUUCAUGUCAACAAAGCCCCGAGGAAGGGAAGGUGGAGCCGGAGAAGUUGAAGACACUAACAGAAGGUUUAGAAGCCUACAGCAGAGCCCGGAAAAGGAACAGAAAAAGUGGAAAGCUAAAUAACCAUUUAGAAGCUGCUAUUCAUGAGGCCAUGAGUGAAUUGGACAAAAUGUCUGGGACUGUUCAUCAAAUCCCACAGGGAGACAGACAAAUGAGACCCCCCAAGCCCAAGAGGAGGAAGAUCUCCAGAUAACAGGCACUACUCCACCAAUGCGUAGUGUUUAUUAGAGGAACGUGCACAGAUGUAUCUGUAUAUAGGUAUUGAUAUAACUGUUAUAUCAAUAUUUAUACUAUGGCAGAUAGCUACCACCACCACGGGUGCUAAAAGAAACAGUGAUUCAAUAUUUUUUGAUCAGGAAGGAUAAUGAAUACUGGUAAAAUCAAUCAUAAUCCCUGAAUGAUGAGAAUAAUAAAUGGUCAAGAGAUUACUAAGAAACCCUUUUUCUAUAAUACUGAAGUUGUGAUUAUAAGAAAUAGUCCAAAUGUUUCUGAAGAAUUUUCAAUGUUGUAUAUAGAAAAUACAGAAUUUCAUGGUGAUAUCAGAAAUGUAAAUAUUGUACAAUAUUGUCAUGUAUAAGCGUACCUAAUGCACACUUUAUCUUUUAUUGUACAAAGAAAUAGUGUACAAAAUUCUUUGGUUUCUAUGGAGUACACCUACCAGAGACUACCAGUGUAAAGUGAUAAAUAAAAAUACAACCUAAAUCCUUUUCUAUGAUAAUAUAAAAGAUGCUGUUUUUGUAUUUAACAGCAGAGAAAAGGCAUGAUGAUGUAUUGACAUACACUGCACACUACUGAGUGUUCAUUUAUAUUGUCUGUUUGGAAUGAACCUUGCCCGGAAGCACUGGACUCGAUUUUGGGUGUCUAGGAAAUCAAAAUGUUGCAAAUUUCUAAAGGGAGGAGGGCUCACAGGUCUAAAUUAAGAAUUCAGAAGCUGCAACCAUUUGUUGCAUAUUUUUUUUACCUAAGUUUUAAUGUAGAAUAGGUUUUAUAAAAAAAAAAAGAUCUUAGAUGGAAUAUUUUACUGUCAUUUCUGUAGUUAACAUUUGAUAGCCACCUAUUGAACUAGAUAGUUUAUGCUGCACCACCAUUGAGACUCAGAGUGGAAGGUUUUGCUGUUUUUUGUUUUUUGAAAAUGAUACUUGACAAGAUAUAACUUUUUUUUCUAUACAUGGAGGCAAAAGCCCCACUUUGAAAUCGUUAACUAUAAUCCAGUUUUUUUGUAGUGGCAAAAAUAAAUCAAAAUCAUCAAAGCAAGUUGCAUAUCCAUUCAUCAGUAUUACUUAAAACAGAAGUUAAGGUGGCUUACAAAAUUAUUAGCUAUGGUAAUUUUUUAUCAGUAUUAUGUAACAUAUCAGAUUUAUUUUAUUUAAAGAAUUAUUUAUACCAUUAACAGAUUCUUAUAUAUAUUAAUGUGGCUGAAAUGUGCAGGUUAAAUCUAUUAGCCAAAUUAUUUAUAUUAUAUUAAGUAAGAAAAAAUGUGAAACAAAUGUAGAGAGAAAAUACAUUACCAGUAUACAAACCUAAAACUGUGAGCCAUUGUAAAGUACAAGGUUAUUAAUAAGAAAUGUAGCACAACAUAAUUUCCGUCUUGUUUUCACAAUUUCUUUGGUGGUGGUACAACCCUAUCUUCUAGGCUCUGAAGCAAAGUUUCAGGUCACCAGCCUGACUUCCAGAUAAUCUGUCAGAGAAAGGGAUGCAUUAUCUCUUCACUCUUAGAACCACCAGCCCCCACCCCCAAACCUUAUACCCCAAGAGAGCAAGGCCUUGUCCCCCAGCCUGGGGCUCAUUCAACAGCUUAACGCUGGAACUACUGGGGGCCCUCCCAUAGGAGUCUCAGGUCUUGGGGCCUGGAAAUGCUUACCACUUCCCUGCUCCUCCCUCACCCACCCCCAAUCUCCUCAGUCCCGCCAUGUAGCAGAGUUCCAGUAACUCAGGAAAAAGGAGACCAAGGUCAUUCCUCCAGUUGGUUUCUUAGAGCCACAGCACAGAGCACUCCACCUGGGCUCACUUUUGAUAGCAACAGCUUUUAAUUCUUCCCCUAGGUCUCCUGUGUCUCUCUGUCCUCUUCACUCCUACCAUCACCCCUACCCCUAAGCCUAGGGAUGCCACUGGUCUUCCUGGCCUGGAGGCAGGAACUCUUCCUUCUGGGGGUAGGUUUGUAUUUUCUUUUGCAUAGUGAUGGAACUGACUGCCCAUCCUUCAUGCAGCCCCCCCCUUUAGUAAUCUUUUCAGUAGUCUACUUGACACAUUUUUGUUAUAAGUUGAUGUAUUUGGUAUGUUUGAACCAUUAAUGUUGUCCCUUAUUAUUAUUAUUAUUACUAUUAUUAUUAUUUUUACAACAACCUGCUUUUUUUUUUGUCUACCCAGUUACCUGGUUGCUCUCAUUCACAGAUAGAUGUAGAUGUGUGUUUGUGUGUUGGAUAUAUCUGCAUAUAUGUGGGGGUUGGGGAAGGUGUGUGUUGAUAUGUAGAUGCUUUUUUAGCCUUUGCCUUUUUGUCUUCAGACUGCGAAACGAUAACACAUUUGUGUUGUCAUGAUUGUAUUAACCAAGCCUUCUUUUUGAUAUUUAAAGCUACUUAGGUUUUGUGCUUUCCCACCAUUGUAUACUUUACAUCAAUAGGCCAUGUAAAGUAUGUCUGUGCCCAUGAUUCCAUUGGUUGCUUAUGGCUUUGAUGUGGGUGCUAGGUAUUGCUGUUUUAGUCUACAUGGGGUAUUUUUUUCUCUCCUCUUUUAUAGUUAUAUGGUUUUGUAUAAGCAGUUAAUGUAAAUAUUGUUAGUAUUACAGGUCAUGCAGUGUUGUAACAUUUUUUUAAAUGUUGCACCUACUUUACAAUUAAAAAAAUUGGUCACUCAUAUUUGAAUUUUGCCCAUAGAGCCAUUUCUCUUUUCUCUGUAUUGCAGCCAGUUCUUUUUUUCUUUUUUUUAAUGAAGGCUGGCCCUUCUACAUUAGUGCAUUUUUUAUUCCCUAUAAUAGGCUUUUUUUCCCAACAAAUCUUAGAAUGAAAACAGAUGAAAAAUUCUUGCUCCUUUAGAGAACAUAAUAGUACUUCCAGAAAAGGAAAUCUAAUUUUGUUUUGUGUCCCUUACCCAUCUUAGGAAAGCACAAGGAGAAUAACCUACACCUUUAAGUAGUUUUUAAGAUUAUUUUAAAUGAGUGAAAAUUAACUGAGCAGCUCUUGUUUGAUUUGUCUUGUUUGUAGCAUUAAAAGCAAUCAGGGGUUUUAUUUAUUUAAAGGAACAUUUUUGAUUAGUCUUUUCAGACCCAUUGAGAAUGUAAAUGUUUUAAGAAUAUUCAUCCCUUGUGAUAUCAUGGGCCAUUUUUAGUCCUUUAUUUAGACCCUGCUAUUUGCUAUGUCUGUUUUGUUGUUGUGUUUUUCUUUCUUUCUUUUUUUUUUUAAAUAACACAACCUUAUUUGAACACCACUCUACAGAACUGUGGGAGGAGCAGAGGUCAUUAUUUUGUUUUCUGUAAGUUUAUGAAGUUUCUCAAUUGAUUUAUUCCAUGAGGUGAUUCCUUUUUUUAUUUCAAACCAUGAUAACACUUUGAGGUUAACUUUAGUAACCUUUCAUGCAGUUUGUCAUGUUCCCUAUAAGUAACAGGCAAUUUUGCAUUGAGAUUUUAAAGUUUAAAAUGCUUAAGGUGACAUUGGUCUUUCUGAAAAGCAGCCAAGAUUCUAGACCUUAUAGAAAAUCUGAUGUCUUGUUUACUUUGCCCAUUUAUGUCCAAAUGGUGUAAUGAAAGACCUAAGACUUUUCCAUGUAGUAUGUAAAUGAGUUAUAUAUUACCUGAUUCUUUGGGGAUUAUGAACAAAUAAUAUCAACCAGUCAGAACUGUAAUAUUGAAUUAACUUAUUUUUUCUUUCCUUCACUCUAUCACAUUUGCAUUAGCCAAAGAGAUAAGAGCAUUAGUAAUUUAUAUGUAUAAACAACCCAGAAGUGAAUAUUCAAUCAGUGAGCCAAAAAGCAAUAAACAACUGAAGCAUGGGAAAUCCUGCUAACCAGUGGGAAGUCGAUAUAGAAAAAAUAUAUAUAAAAAAGCAUUAUCUUCAAAUAUGAAAGAUUAAUUUGUAUCUACUGUAAAUAUGUAUUAUCAGCCUUAUUUGCUUUUAUACACACUGUGUGUGUACCUCAGUGACCUUUUAUAAACCGGAAAAACGAUCGAUUUAAUAAUUUGUUAUGUAAAUACAAAGUUGUCUAUAAAUUGAAAAAUUUGAUGCCAUAUGGCUUCACAAUAUACAAAUGUGUUUUGUAACAUCAUGCCUUUAUGGAUUAAGUAUAAAUACACUGGAUUGUCUGUGUAGAACAUUAGUAAUUUACAUUUUACCUGCAUUUCAAAUAGAUUUUUGUCCAAACGGUUAUACUUUCAGGAAAAGAAAAUGAUCAUCACAUUUUUAAUGUGAAAAACAGAUAUGGUUUUGAAUUCACCAAAAUUCCUUUUCCACACUCAAGAGUUUGUGCAAUUCCAUGCUAGAUGCCUUCACUAAGAGAUUUCCAUCAGAGAUUCAUUGGGAUCUACCUAGGCAAUGUCCCCAAACUGAAUUAUUCUACUUUAGAGAUAGGGAUUACAUCUUAAUUUCUAAUCAUAGUGGGAGAUAGAAACUUAAUGUUUUUUAUUCCUUUUUUCUUUGUUUCCACUUGUCUUGAAAAGCAAUGCACAGAUAAACAGAGCCUACUUUGUGCAUAUCAAGGUGAAUACAGAUUGUUACCUCAAUACAAGGCUUCUCAGCUUUGGAACUAUUGAUAUUUUGGGUGAGGUCGUUCUUUGUUGUGGGGCUAUCUUGUGCACUGUAGGAUGCCUGGCAGUCUCCCUUGCCUCUACCCACCGGAUGCCAACAGUACCCCUUCCAAAUUGUGACAAUGAAAAAUGAUUACAGACAUUAUCAAAUGCCUCCUGUGGUAGAGGAGGGAGGCAAAGGGAAAUAUAAAAACUGCUACCUUAAUAGAAUCAGGUAGGGAUCACAUGUCUGUGCAAAACAUGGGUAUGUAUUACAUGCUAUAAUUAACAGGAAACUGUUCAUUUCCAAAUCAAAAUCCAUGCCAAAGGGUAUGUCUCAGUCCAUGCUUAAAAAAAUGACUACAUUGGCUUCAACUUUAUUUAUUAUACCUUUGACUCAUUUGAUCAUAAACCUCAGGACAAUCAUAUUCUGAGUACUCCCAAACUGUGGCUUAGAAGAGUUACCUGAAUUGGAAACAAAAUUUACAAAACUGAUAACCUUUAAAUAACCAAGGUGAUUCAAGUAGUAGAAAGCUUGUCUGAUGACAGUGCAGCUAACCCCCUUGGGUCAAGAUGAAGAAAUUAACUAUAGAGACCAUGAGGUUUAUAUACAUAGCUUUCUUUAGCAGGCUGGCCCAGGUAUCAGUAGUUUAUGUGUGAUCCUAUUAUAAGUUCUGACA